AUGGCGGACAAUUUUCCGGAUUUAGGCGAAGAAGAUGAUCAAGUUGACGAAGAAGAUAUUGUUCGAUACUAUUUUUUUAAAGGCUUUACAUACGAAGAAAUUCGAAUGUUCUUGCAGAGAAAUCAUGGUCUUGAAAUAAGCAUUACAACGCUGAAACGGCGUAUAAAAGCCUAUGGUCUCCGAAGGCGAGAGCCAAACUAUGAUGUUAAUGAAAUAAGAGCAGCUGUAGAGGAUAUUGUUGAUGGUUAUGGCAGUACGCAAGGCUACAGGGCAGUAUGGCACACAUUGCAGCUAAAAGGGUUACGUGUUCCUUGUAUUGUUGUACAAGAAAUUCUUAAAGAAAUUGAUCCAGAAGCAACUGAAAUGAGAAGAGCUCAUCGUCUUAAAAGGAGGGUAUACCACAAUCCUGGGCCAAAUUACGCGUGGCACUGCGAUGACUAUGACAAAUUAAAACCCUACGGAUUUCCAAUCCAUGGCUGUGUUGACGGAUGGAGCAGGAAGGUAUUGUGGUUAUAUGUUACCAGAUCAAACAACCAACCUGAUAAUAUUGCAAAAUUUUAUCUUGAUGCUGUUGAAGAGUUUGGUGGGUGCCCUGUUGAUCUGGUCACAGACCUGGGCACUGAAAAUGGAACAAUGGCAGCUAUUCAAGCUUUCUUCAGAGACGAUCCCAACAGCCAUCGAUACGUACCAUCGCCCCGUAAUCAACGAAUUGAGGCAUGGUGGGGUCUCUUGCGAAAGUCUUGCACGACAUGGUGGAUCAACUUCUUUAAAGACUUGGUAGCACAAAGAACCAUUGAUCUUGCCUCAGAGUUGGACAUGGAAUGUCUAUGGUUUUGUUUUGCAGAAUUAAUCCAGAAGGUCUUGAACGAAAUAAAAGAACACUGA